CCUAGGAGAUAGCAAAUACAUCUUCGUCAUUUUAGAUGACUAUAGCAGAUACACAUGGACUUACUGUAAUAUCCCUUGCUUUUAAAAAUGUAUUAAUAAGGAUUUAUAUGUAAAUUGGGGGACCUAUAUGUAAAUAUAGAAAUUACAAGGACUAAACUGGUAAGUUGCAAAAAGAAAAAAAAAAAGAAAAGGAAAAACCGAAAAUUCGGUAUUAUCCCACCGCCUCCCACGCACUCUGUUUCUUUCCAGAAACAGAGAGAGCGGUGGGGCGUGAGGAGAAGAAGGAGAGUGGUUGAAGAAAAGAAGAAGAAGAGGGAAAAGAAGAGAGGAGGAAGAAGAGAGGAAGAAGAGGGAGAAGAGAAGAAGAUGAAGAAGAAGAAGAAGAGGAGGUGGCUGCAGCGAGGGCUGCAGCGAGAAGCUGUGGGGCGUGGGGAGAAGAAGAGAGGAAGAAGAGGGAGAAGAGAAGAAGAAGAAGAAGAAGAAGAAGAAGAGAGGAGGAUAGCUGCGGCAAGGCUGCAGCGAGGAGGUGUGUGGCUUUGGGGAGGAAAAGGGAAGAGGAGAAGAAGAGAAGAAGAAGAAGAGGGAAAAGAGAGGCAGCUGCAGCAGCCAGGGCUGCAGCACCUCUGUUUCCCGCAGGUGGAAACAGAGGAGAGGAUGUGUGGGGCGUUGAGGAUGAAAAGGGAAGAAGAAGAAGAAGAAGAAGAAGAAGAAGAAGAAGAAGAAGAAGAAGAAGAAGAAGAAGAAGAAGAUAGCUGCGGCAAGGCUGCAGCAAGGAGAUGUGUGGCCUUGGGGAGGAAAAGGGAAGAGGGGAAGAGGAGAAGAAGAAGAAGAGGAAGAGAAAGAGGUGUGAUACCUCUGUUUCCUGCAGAGGAAACAGAGGAGAGGGUGUGUGUGACGCCGGGGAAGAAGGGGCUGCAGCUGCGGCGAUGGCAGCUGCAGCUGGAAGAGAAGAAGAAGAGGAAGAUGAGCAGGGGAGGAGGGAGAGGUUGCGGCCGUGGCUGCGGCCGCGACUGCAGCAGUUGCAGCGGGGAGAGAAGAAGAAGAAAGGAAGGAGAAGGAAGAGGAGAAGGGAAAGAAGUAGCUGCGGCUGCGGUUGUGGCAGCUGCAGCUAUGGCAGGGAAAGAGGAAGAGAAAAAGGAAAGGAAGAAGAAGAGAAAGGGAAGGAGAGGAAGAGGAGAAGGGGCUGCGGCUGCGGCGAUGGCAGCUGCAGCUGUGGCAGGGAAAGAGAAAAAGGAAAGGAAGAAGAAGAGAAAGGGAAGGAGAGGAAGAAGAGAGGAAGAGGAGAAGGGGCUGCGGCUGCGGUGAUGGCAGCUGCAGCUGUGGCUGGGAAAGAAGAGAAGGAAAGGAAGAAGAAGAGAAAGGGAAGGAGAGGAAGAAGAGAGGAAGAGGAGAAGGGGUGGCAGCUGCAGUUGGAAGAGGAGGAGGAAAUAGAGCAGGGGAGGAAGAAGAGGCUGCGACGUUGAAAUCAGUUUGUUGGAAACUCUGAGUGUGGUGGCUGCGGCCGUGGCUGCGACUCCGGCUGCGGCUGCGACGUUGGCUGCGGUAGCUGCGGCAGCGGUGGUGGCUGCAGUAGCUGUAGUAGCUGCUUUUGGGAAAGAGAAAGAGUAGGAACGAUAGAAGGGAAGAAGGAAAUAGUGCAGUGGAAGGGGGCUGCGGUUGUGACCGCAGUUGCGAUUGUGGCAGCGGCAGCGGCGGCGACUGUGGCAGCUGCGUUUGGGAAAGAAAAAGAAGGAAUGAGAGUAAGAGAGAGCAGGUGAUUGUGCCUCGAUGUUCGACACAUGAUGUAGUUACGAAGAAAGGAAGAAAACGGGAGCACAAAACGAAACAGAGAGAGGACACGGAGGAAAAGUAGAAAGAUUGGACUGGCACCUUCCUUGGAUAUUCAGAUCAAAAUAUUUGAAAGGUCAGCUUGUCACUCUUCGAGAUGUUUGAUUUGGGCUGAGGCAGUGGAUAGCUAUUCAGAAUAAUGGGCAAGUCUGGUUGGUUUUUACGAUAUUGUUGUAUAAGUAUGCCUUGUAUAUAAUGAAAUGUUGUCGAUGAACCGAAAUAGAUAUACUGUGUCCAAGUGUUAGGAGAUCUCUCUUAUUUGGAAUUUCAGAAUGUUAAGUCUAAUUUAUGGUGAUAUGAACUUGUGGUGAAUAGUUGGAGUUCUGAUUGUAUAAUUUAUUUAGCUUGUGGAUUUAUAAAUGUUGUUCAUGUUUGUCAAGUUGGCUUGGGUUGCCAUAAAUGUGAAUUAUCGAGUGAUGUGAUAUAUGAUUAUAAACUGCACAGGUUUUAUGGAUGUGAAUAUGAAUAGAAUGUUUUCAGUGUCCUCAAAUGUGUGUUUGGAUCCUGGGUUAGUUGUGACAAAAAAAAAAAAAAAUUAAAAAUCAUGGAUAUUUUGAGGGGCGUGACAGUGGUGGUAUCAGAGCUUUGUUUGAGGAUUACUGAAAUAUUUGAUAUGUUGACGUGCAAAAUAUAUUGAGGUCUAAUGAACUAUAGUGAUUGGUGGAAAUUUUCUUUGAUGUAUUUUAGGAAUCUGGGAUGAUGAGGACAUUUUGUCCUCCUAUUUCAUUGUUUCUGAUUAAUUAAGGGGAAUGAAAGGAUUGAUUGGGGAUAUUGAAUCAGAGUGGCGCAGCAGAAGCAUGAUGAACCUAAUUUCAUUGGUGGUAGAAAAAUGGAUGAUGCAAAUAGAGAAGAUAUUUGAUAUACAAAAUUGUUCUGAUACUCGAAAGAUUUCUUUUGCCACGUUAUAUUGGAAGUAAAGACUUAUUAUUGACGGCAACAAUGAAAAGAAUUUUUGAAGAUCAAUGGCAAGAAUGACAAGAACAAGUUUACCAAUAAAAAUAUGAUUGGAAAUGAAUCAGUAAGUAACAACAAGAGAGUCAAGACAUUUGGAUUUGGAAUGGGAAGUCACCACAAAAGACUCAAUCAGGUGUGAAUUGCAAGUUAAAUUGUGAAACAAGUUUAUGUUUGUGCGUGACUAGAGCCUAUUUUGCUUAUGGAAAGUUUGAUCAUAAAAUAAAAGUUUGCCCUUUGAACAAGAAGAAAGAGUCACUGCCUCCUAAAUCAUCAGCCCAUGUCAGAGUGUAUGCUAUCACUGAAUAUGAUUCUAAGACUUCUGAAUUAGUGGUCGAAGGUAUUAUGUAUGUUUAUGAAAGAAUGCAAAUAUUUGUUUGAACAUGGGUUCUAUCUACGAUUUGAUUCGUAACAUAUUGCCUAUCACUUGGGUAUUCAACCUAGACCACUGUAUUAUGUGAUAUAUGUAAGUACAAUCAUUGGAGAUUCUUUGAUAACGAACUUGAAUCUGGUCCUCUUGUCUGAUUUUUGUUGGAGAACUUGAACUUUUGCUGAUUUAGUUCUCCUAGAGAUUUGGAGUUAUGAUAUUAUACUUGGUAUGCAUUGGCUAUCUUCUUAUCAUACCAGUAUGGAUUGGUAUAUAACAAAUGAUCACUUUUUGCAUAUUUGAUCGGCCGAUCUUUUAUUUUGAGAGUAUUGGACAUUAUUUAUCUCCUUGCCUAAUGUAUCCCAGGAUGACUUGUUUGGAUUACCUCCAAAUGUGAUUUUUCUUUUGAUUUGGUCCUUGGGACAAUCCUAAAAUCUAAGCCUCUCUACGGAAAGAUAUCAUUUGAGUAAGUGGAAUUAGAAAAGCAACUACAAGAAUUAUUAAAUGAGGAUUUUAUUUGGCUUAAUAUUUCAUCAUGUGGUGCUCCGGUAUUAGUUAAAAGAUGGAUGGAACAUUGAGGCUUUGUAUUGAUUAUAGAUAGUUGAAUUAGGUGACCAUCAAAAAACGAGUAUUUUCUAAAGUGACCACUUGUUUGAUUAACUGCAGGGUGCACAGGUAUUUUAAAAGAUUGUUUGAAGGUCGGGUUACCAUCUAUUGAGGAUCAAGGAGGAGAAUAUUUCGGUCACUCUUGGAUAAUUAUGUAAUUGUAUUGUAUUGAUGAAACUAUUUAAGAGUAGGAGGAAAUAAAGAUAUCAUAAUCCUCAUCUUUUCAUCGAUUGAGCUAUGAUCAAUUUAGAGGACUAAAUUUUCUUUUAAGGGGGAGAGAGUGUAAUAUCCCUUGCUUUUAAAAAUAUAUUAAUAAGGAUUUAUAUGUAAAUUGGGGGAUCUAUAUGUAAAUAUAGAAAUUACAAGGACUAAACUGCUAAGUUGCAAAAAGAAAAAAAAAAAGAAAAGGAAAAACCGAAAAUUCGGUAUUAUCCCACCGCCUCCCACGCACUCUGUUUCUUUCCAGAAACAGAGAGAGCGGUGGGGCGUGAGGAGAAGAAGGAGAGUGGUUGAAGAAAAGAAGAAGAAGAGGGAAAAGAAGAGAGGAGGAAGAAGAGAGGAAGAAGAGAGGAAGAAGAGGGAGAAGAGAAGACGAUGAAGAAGAAGAAGAAGAGGAGGUGGCUGCAGCGAGGGCUGCAGCGAGAAGCUGUGGGGCGUGGGGAGAAGAAGAGAGGAAGAAGAGGGAGAAGAGAAGAAGAAGAAGAAGAAGAAGAGGAAGAGAGGAGGAUAGCUGCGGCAAGGCUGCAGCGAGGAGGUGUGUGGCUAUGGGGAGGAAAAGGGACGAGGAGAAGAAGAGAAGGAGAAGAAGAGGGAAAAGAGAGGCAGCUGCAGCAGCCAGGGCUGCAGCACCUCUGUUUCCCGCAGGUGGAAACAGAGGAGAGGAUGUGUGGGGCAUUGAGGAUGAAAAGGGAAGAAGAAGAAGAAGAAGAAGAAGAAGAUAGCUGCGGCAAGGCUGCAGCGAGGAGAUGUGUGGCCUUGGGGAGGAAAAGGGAAGAGGGGAAGAGGAGAAGAAGAAGAAGAGGAAGAGAAAGAGGUGUGAUACCUCUGUUUCCUGCAGAGGAAACAGAGGAGAGGGUGUGUGUGACGCCGGGGAAGAAGGGGCUGCAGCUGCGGCGAUGGCAGCUGCAGCUGGAAGAGAAGAAGAAGAGGAAGAUGAGCAGGGGAGGAGGGAGAGGUUGCGGCCGUGGCUGCGGCCGCGACUGCAGCAGUUGCAGCGGGGAGAGAAGAAGAAGAAAGGAAGGAGAAGGAAGAGGAGAAGGGAAAGAAGUAGCUGCGGCUGCGGUUGUGGUAGCUGCAGCUAUGGCAGGGAAAGAGGAAGAGAAAAAGGAAAGGAAGAAGAAGAGAAAGGGAAGGAGAGGAAGAAGAGAGGAAGAGGAGAAGGGGCUGCGGCUGCGGCGAUGGCAGCUGCAGCUGUGGUAGGGAAAGAGAAAAAGGAAAGGAAGAAGAAGAGAAAGGGAAGGAGAGGAAGAAGAGAGGAAGAGGAGAAGGGGCUGCGGCUGCGGUGAUGGCAGCUGCAGCUGUGGCUGGGAAAGAAGAGAAGGAAAGGAAGAAGAAGAGAAAGGGAAGGAGAGGAAGAAGAGAGGAAGAGGAGAAGGGGUGGCAGCUGCGGCAGUGGCAGCUGCAGUUGUAAGAGGAGGAGGAAAUAGAGCAGGGGAGGAAGAAGAGGCUGCGACAUUGAAAUCAGUUUGUUGGAAACUCUGAGUGUGGUGGCUGCGGCCGUGGCUGCGACUCCGGCUGCGGCUGCGACGUUGGCUGCGGUAGCUGCGGCAGCGGUGGUGGCUGCAGUAGCUGCAGUAGCUGCUUUUGGGAAAGAGAAAGAGUAGGAACGAUAGAAGGGAAGAAGGAAAUAGUGCAGUGGAAGGGGGCUGCGGUUGUGACCGCAGUUGCGAUUGUGGCAGCGGCAGCGGCGGCGGCUGUGGCAGCUGCGUUUGGGAAAGAAAAAGAAGGAAUGAGAGUAAGAGAGAGCAGGUGAUUGUGCCUCGAUGUUCGACACGUGAUGUAGUUACGAAGAAAGGAAGAAAACGGGAGCACAAAACGAAACAGAGAGAGGACACGGAGGAAAAGUAGAAAGAUUGGACUGGCACCUUCCUUGGAUAUUCAGAUCAAAAUAUUUGAAAGGUCAGCUUGUCACUCUUCGAGAUGUUUGAUUUGGGCUGAGGCAGUGGAUAGCUAUUCAGAAUAAUGGGCAAGUCUGGUUGGUUAUUACGAUAUUAUUGUAUAAGUAUGCCUUGUAUAUAAUGAAAUGUUGUCGAUGAACCGAAAUAGAUAUACUGUGUCCAAGUGUUAGGAGAUCUCUCUUAUUUGGAAUUUCAGAAUGUUAAGUCUAAUUUAUGGUGAUAUGAACUUGUGGUGAAUAGUUGGAGUUCUGAUUGUAUAAUUUAUUUAGCUUGUGGAUUUAUAAAUGUUGUUCAUGUUUGUCAA